AUGAUAGAACAGUACUAUUCGCUAGUUUUUGCCUGGCAAAUACUUCGAGAAUCUGUUACUGAUGAAGAACUUAGGAAUGUUCAGAUCUCUUUACGAACAUUUCACGGUGAAACUGCCGCUCACUUGUUGUCUAGGCAACUGACAAAGAUUCGUAUGGUGGUUGAGGCGACAAUGGCUUACUUUAAAUGGGACCAAUUGAGUAAUGAACAUCAACUAACAAAAGCCAAACUACUACUGAGCCAUUUAAAGAAUAAUGCUAAAGUGCGCAACUGGACGUUAAGGGAAGGAAGGCCUAACAGGUAA